AUAAUCGCUCAGUAGCCAUUCAACCUCCGGCCAGAUCAAAUCACUCGGGGUAGUUAAAUCGAACAAAAAAUUCCAAUGCAUUGGCCAUGUCUUAUCGGUGCUUGCCUGUUGGUGACUAUUCCUAGAGCUCAAUGCCACAGCAUCGGAGGUGUUAAUGCCACUUUGGAUCUGCCGGAGGUGCGGGGUCAUACGUUCCUGUACUUUGGUUUCGGCAGCAACAUGCUGGCCAAAAGGAUCCACAUCCAGAACCCGACAGCUGUGAGAGUUGGACCCGCCCUCCUUGCCGACUAUCGGUUGGACUUUGGCUUCGAAUCAGCUCGUUGGGAUGGCGCGGUGGCCACCAUUGUGCCCACCCCGGGCGAUCAUGUUUGGGGCACCCUCUGGGAGAUCGGCCUAAGCAAUCUGCCGGAUAUAGACAACCAAGAGGGCGUUCAUGAGGGCAUUUACGAUCCUCUCACAGUCUACGUGAAACUCCGUGAUGACUCUGAUCAAACUCCCGCCCGUGCUUAUCUUCUGACCAAGCAGCCGGAGACCAAUCUCUACGAUCUGCCAAAGGAUUCUGUUCCGGCAUCUCGUCAGCCAUCGAAAACGUAUCUCCAGUGCCUCGUUAAAGGUGCUGUCGAGAGCUCCGUUCCCCAGGAUUACGUCCGGAGAUUAAAGGGCAUCAAACACAAUGGUCACGUUGCCACCGAACUAGAGCAAAAACUAGAGCUGCAGAAUGUUGAACUCUAAAUAGUUUAAACUUCGAAUGUACUGAUUUGUUUUCAUGAGUAAAGCCUUACCUUAAAA